AUGGAAUCCGACGGCCACCCAUACGCACCACCAAAGUAUGUGAUGCUCUCGCACAACCAUGGAAGCCUCAGGCCCCCUCCAUAUAGGCGCAACGUCCCCCGGUACCCUUCCAAAAGGUCAAGCAGGAGUUGUUGCUUCAAAUUCUUGUGUUGCUGCUAUUGCUUUCUCCUCUUCUUCACACUCCUCCUCCUCUUCCUCACUUACCUUUUCUACACAAAAUACAAGCCACAAAUUCCAUCCUACAAUGUCGAUAGCUUCAGCGUCAAGGCAUUCAACAUGCAGCCCGACAUGAGCCUCUUCACAGAAUUUGCCGUGGCAGUAAAAGCUGAAAACCCAAAUGAACACAUAGGCUUCACGUAUGGGGAAGAUAGCGAGAUUACCAUUUCUUACACAGGCUCAAAUCUCUGCUACGGAAAACUCCCAGCUUUCCAUCAACCCAGAAAGAACACAACAAUAAUAAACAUUUCCUUAGCAGGAACCAGCCCAUUUGGGUCAGGGCUACAAGCAGCUCUCAUGGAAAACCGACAUACAGGGAGGAUUCCUUUGCUUGUGUCGGUGCAUGCACCAGUUAACGUUGUGCUCGGAGAUUUGAAGUUGAGGAGGCUUGAUGUCUACGUAAACUGCUCCUUGGUCAUCGACAACUUGUCACCCAAUAAGAAGGUUCGGAUUUUAUCGACCAAAUAUGAUUACAGCGUGGGUGUUGUUUAAUUUCUGUUGAGAAUCUAAGACUUUGUAGAUGUUUGUUUAAUGAUGUUUGGGGUGGGAACUAGAGGACAGCCGUGUGAUCGAUCGGCUUCUUUUUUAGAGUUAAUCUUUCUACUUGUUCCGAGUAA